CCAAGCUGCCGGCCAGUGCUGAGCGUAUGGCCGGGAGCAGGAGCAAGGCCACCCUCCGUGUGUGGCUCCUGUGCCCCGGGCUGCUCGGCUGUUUCUUGCUGGGCUUUCUUACAGGAUGGUUUACAAAACUGACCGAGCGAAACCCCAACUCUUCAGUUGUCCAUCAAAAUGUGAGACAGAAACUUGUGGCUGAAAUGAAAGCAGAGAACAUCAGGAAAUUUCUUCGUUCGUUUACCAAGUUGCCUCACCUCGCAGGAACUGAACAGAAUCUUCUUCUUGCCAAAAAAAUUCAAGGCCAGUGGAAGGCAUUUGGAUUGGAUUCAGCAGAACUUGUUAAUUAUGAUGUGCUUCUUUCAUACCCAAAUGAAAAGCAGCCAAACUACAUUUCAGUAAUUGAUGAUCAUGGGAAUGAGGUUUUCAAUACAUCAUUGUUUGAACCACCUCCACAGGGGUAUGAAAAUGUUACUGAUAUACUGCCACCAUAUAAUGCUUUUUCAGCACAAGGAGUGCCAGAGGGAGAUCUGGUGUAUGUGAAUUAUGGCCGAACGGAAGAUUUUUUUAAGCUGGAGCGUGAAAUGGGAAUUAACUGUACAGGAAAGAUUGUCAUUGCCAGAUAUGGGAAGAUCUUCAGAGGAAACAAGGUUAAAAAUGCCAUAUUAGCAGGAGCCCAAGGGAUCAUACUUUACUCAGACCCUGCUGACUACUGCGCACCUGGAGUAGAUCCUUAUCCAAAUGGCUGGAACCUUCCAGGUGGAGGAGCCCAGCGUGGGAAUGUAUUAAACCUGAAUGGGGCAGGGGAUCCUCUGACUCCAGGUUAUCCUGCAAAAGAGUACACUUUCAGGUAUAAAAUUAACGAAGGUGUAGGGAUUCCCAAAAUCCCGGUUCAUCCCAUUGGAUAUCACGAUGCAGAAGUAUUGCUGCGUGCAAUGGGAGGACCUGCAGCUCCAGACAGCAGCUGGAAGGGAAGUCUCAAUGUGCCUUAUAACAUAGGGCCAGGAUUCACAGGCAACUCUUCUACAAGAAAAGUCAGAAUGCAUGUUCACACGAGCAAUAAAAUAACACGAAUUUACAACGUCAUUGGCAUCCUCAAAGGAGCUCUGGAACCAGACAGAUACAUUAUUUUAGGUGGUCACAGAGACUCUUGGGUGUUCGGUGGUAUCGAUCCAACAACCGGUGCUGCUGUUCUGCAAGAAAUUGUACGGAGUUUUGGUAAAAUGAAGAUGGAAGGUUGGAGACCUAGGCGAACUGUUAUUUUUGCUAGCUGGGAUGCAGAAGAAUUUGGAUUAUUGGGUUCCACAGAGUGGGCUGAGGAAAAUGCCAAAGUCCUUCAGGAACGUGCAGUCGCUUACAUCAACGCAGAUUCUUCUAUAGAAGGGAACUACACAUUAAGAGUUGACUGUACCCCUCUUCUCUACAAACUGGUGUAUAAUCUGACAAAAGAGAUUUUAAGCCCUGAUGAGGGUUAUGAAAAUAAAUCUCUUUAUGAAAGCUGGCUUGAGAAAGAUCCUGCAUCUGAAAAUAACACCUAUCCCAGAAUAAAUAAGCUGGGGUCAGGCAGUGAUUUUGAAGCUUACUUCCAGCGACUGGGAAUUGCAUCAGGCAGAGCUCGUUACACCAAGAAUAGGAAAGCAGACAAAUUCAGCAAUUAUCCUGUUUAUCACACUGUGUACGAGACAUUUGAGCUAGUGGAAAGAUUUUAUGACCCCACCUUCAAGAAACAGCUAGCAAUUGCUCAGUUACGAGGCAAACUGGUUUAUGAACUGGCAGAUUCCCAGGUCAUUCCAUUUGACUGUAGAGACUAUGGAGAAGCCUUAAAAGGAUACAGCAACAGAAUUUAUAAAUUGGCCAAGAAGCAUGAAGAACAGCUGAAACUUUACGAAGUAUCAUUUGGGCCUUCCGCAAGAAAAUCAUCCCAGCUGCUACUGCCAUUAAAAGGAAGGUCUGCUGCUCCUCUAAAUCCUCUUUUUUCUGCUGUGAUGAACUUCUCAAAGGCUGCUGCUGAAUUUCACAGGAGACUUGAACAAGUUGACAAGAAAGAUUCAGUCGCAGUGCGCAUCAUGAACGAUCAGCUGAUGCUGAUAGAAAGAGCUUUCACUGAUCCUCUGGGCUUGCCAGGAAGGAAGUUUUACAGACAUGUCAUCUUUGCUCCAAGCAGCCACAACAAAUAUGCAGGAGAAUCCUUCCCAGGAAUCUAUGAUGCCAUGUUUGACAUCGGAAGCAAAGGUGAUCAACAGGAAGCCUGGGAAGAAGUGAAGAGGCAGAUUUCCAUUGCAGCCUUCACUGUGCAGGCAGCAGCAGGAACACUGAAAGAAGUGGCAUAAGAUGAUGGCUUUGAAAACUCACAUAGCAGAGUCUGGCACACAGAGCUGUCAGGCUGCUGCAGUGGCCCCAUAUCCCCAUCUGAGUCUCCAGCCUCCCAAACCACAUGGUAGGUGAGCAGAGCUCUGUGUGUCAGAACUCCUGAGCUAGGAAUUGAUGCAUCUCUGGUACUGACAACUGUAGCUUUGUGAACAGCCCUGGAUGGAAGUAAGUUUGGUUGUGAGGAGAAGUGGGAAGAGGGGGAAGCAGGAACAAUCAGUUUCCUAUUAGAAUUUUCUGAGAGAUCUGCCAGCUUUGAGGACCCAGUGUUUUAGAUGUACAGUUAUGAAAAACAAUUAUUUGCCAAGCUGCCUGUAAAUUUUCUCCACAGCAGUGAUCAACAGCACGCAUUUUGACAGAAAAAAUGUAAUACUUGGCUUGUCCAUUUUUCUUGUUCUGAUAAUGACUUUUAUAAUAGAAGACAUCAAAGGCAUUUCUGCAUUUCAGAAUCUAUUCUGCAGGACUGGUGAAUGCUCUCUACACUGAUUUGCUUUAUUUUCCUUAAAAAAAGAAAAAAAAUAAGUGACUCCUACUGAUUACCAAAGCAGUACUGGCCAUUCUUGAUUAUCAGGGAAAACAGCUGCUUAUAUUCAGAAAUCCAAAAUCAUAUUGUCAUUGGAGUGCACAUUUAUUCCACUAAAAGUCACUAUACAUCUCCCUCCUUUAUUUGCAUUUUGGAAAAUAAAGAUUUUGGGGGGUAACCAAAAGCUGACCUUCCUGCUCUUUUUGGCACUUUCUCUAGUUCCAAAUCCAUGGCAGCUUUUGUUCCUAUUUUUUCCCGGGCAAUCUCUUUCAUAUUUUUUUUCUAUCUAAAGGAGCUGUUAUUGUUAUUAUUAGCUUGGGGCUUGACAUAAUUAUCUCUUCAAAUAAGAAAGUUUUCCACCAGGAGCUGAUUUUACAUUCAAAGAGGAACUGAAAUGCAUGAGAGAAGGGCAGUUAUACAAAACUGUUUAAUUUGUAAAAGAAAAAAUGCUUGCUUCAUUUGCCCUUUAGAUUUAAUUCUCAUCUACAUGCUUUAAAACGAAUAAAAUUGGUAGAAUUCUACUGAAUCACAUUUCAGCUUGUGGGAACUGACAUAUCAAAUUAUUUCUCUUAUGCAAAAUAUACCACCGUUUUUCUAACAACCAUAAAUUGCACCAGGUUGUUGGAAUAAAAAUUAUUUUUUUAAUGAGGCAUAGAACAGAUGUGGUACUCAA